GCAUUCAACCGCACCUCGUCAUCGCCGUUAUAAGUAGAGCCACCAACCGACGAUCUCCCCAUCUCAUCUCAUCUCCUCUCCACAAUCUUCGGCUUCGCUUGAAGCCACCGCAAUCUCCCCAACUUCCGAACAAAAAAAAAAACAAAACAAAAAAAUCAUCAAUUACAGCGACGCUCCACCGCCUCUCCUCCGCUUUUAAUCCCCUCGCCGCGAACGGAUCGGGCGGCGGCGGGGGCUAGGGUUUCGCGUUUCGAGGUUUUCCUUCUAGAAGCUUCCGCGGGCGGAUGGCCACCGACGAGCUCCACUCCGCCGGCGCGCCAGCGGGCGUGGCGGCGGCGGAGGAGGGGGAGGGGGAGGCGGCGCAGGGGUUCUCGUUCAGCAUCUGGCCGCCGACGCAGCGGACGCGGGACGCAGUGGUGCGGCGGCUGGUGGACACCCUGGGCGGGGACACCAUCCUCUGCAAGCGCUACGGCGCGGUGCCGGCCGCCGACGCCGAGCCGGCCGCGCGGGGCAUCGAGGCCGAGGCCUUCGACGCCGCGGCGGCCAGCGGCGAGGCCGCGGCGACGGCGUCCGUGGAGGAGGGCAUCAAGGCGCUGCAGCUCUACUCCAAGGAGGUCAGCCGCCGCCUCCUCGACUUCGUCAAGUCCCGCUCCGCCGCCGCCGCCGCCGCCGCCGCCGCGGCGCCGCCCGAGGGAGAAGCCCCCGCUGCUCCUUCCGAGAGCGAGGUGGUGGAUCCGCAGCCCGCGGAAUGAGCGGCUCUCAGUUCGUUACAAUCUCAUUGCCUGAGAAGAUGACUUGCAUCUAAGAGUUCGUUUGGAGAAAUGUGGCUUUGGUCUGGGAACCGAUGUAGGUUUCUUGCUCUGAUUAUCCGUGCAGUUUGUUCUUUGAUGAGUAGCUCCUGGCUCUCUUUGUUCUUAGUAUUUUACCUGUUUGCUUCCCAGUUGUACUAUCUCGUAGCAAGAUUAUGUUCCGUUUAUUAUGAUAAUGAUCAAGAUUUGAACCAAUGUUUCUGCCUCUUAAGAUUUACAGUUCAAUACAACAUCGAGUUCUCUGUA